AUGGGUUUAACGACGAAUCUCCAUAGCCUAAACCUUCGUUCCACCUUCUUCACUAAUCCUCCUCUUCCUUGCCCUAAACCAUUCACACUCAAACCUUUCUCCUCUGUUUCUAACCCUAGACUACAUAUCAGAGCACAAGUCUCCGCAAUCAGCUCCAACUCAGACCUCGAAUCGCUCUUCACGACCGAAGAUCAUAAACGGACCAGUAAGCAAUCAAACAACGGUGCAUCUACGAUUUCUUCAGGAGUGAGACUCGAAAACGUAAGCAAAAGCUACGAAGGCGUUACGGUGCUCAAAGAUGUGAAUUGGGAAGUGAAGAAAGGAGAAAAAGUAGGUUUAAUCGGCGUUAACGGUGCUGGUAAAACCACACAGCUCAAGAUAAUCACAGGUCAAGAGGAACCAGAUUCAGGUAACGUGAUUAGGGCAAAACCCAAUUUGAAAGUUUCCUUUUUGAGUCAAGAAUUCGAGGUUUCGAUGGGGAAGACAGUGAAAGAAGAGUUCAUGAGUGCGUUUAAAGAAGAGAUGGAGAUUACAAGGAAGCUUGAGAAGUUACAGAACGCGAUUGAAGAAACUGUUGAUGAUUUAGAAUUAAUGGGAAGGUUACUCGACGAAUUCGAUUCGUUGCAGAGACAAGCUCAAGAAGUUGGUUUAGAUACUGUCGAUGCUAAGAUUAGUAAGUUGAUGUCGGAAUUAGGGUUUGUGUCGGAAGAUGCAGAUAGGCUUGUGGCUUCUUUUAGUAGUGGUUGGCAAAUGAGAAUGUCACUUGGGAAGAUUUUGCUUCAGAAUCCAGAUUUAUUGCUUUUGGAUGAGCCAACCAAUCAUUUGGAUCUUUGUACUAUUGAGUGGCUUGAAAGUUACUUGAGUAAGCAAGAUGUUCCUAUGGUUAUAAUAUCACAUGACAGAGCGUUUCUUGAUCAGUUAUGUACUAAAAUCGUGGAAACCGAAAUGGGCGUGUCGAGGACUUUCGAGGGUAAUUAUUCUCAGUAUGUGAUUUCAAAGGCAGAGUGGGUCGAAGCUCAGUAUGCUGCUUGGGAGAAGCAACAGAAAGAGAUUGAAGCAACAAAGGAUUUGAUCAGUAGGGUUAGUGCUGGAGCAAAUUCGGGCCGAGCUUCUUCAGCGGAAAAGAAACUGGUGAGGCUCCAAGAAGAAGAGCAAAUCGAGAAGCCAUAUCAGAGGAAACAAAUGAAAAUUCGGUUUCCAGAAUGUGGAUUAAGCGGAAGAUCUGUAGUCACUGUUAAGAAUCUUGGAUUUGGCUUUGAGGAUAAGAUGUUAUUUAACAAGGCAAAUCUAGCGGUAGAAAGAGGAGAGAAAAUCGCGAUUAUUGGUCCAAACGGGUGCGGUAAAAGUACAUUAUUGAAACUGAUCAUGGGUUUGGAGAAGCCUAUGAGAGGUGAAAUUGUUCUUGGAGAGCACAAUGUAUUGCCAAACUACUUCGAGCAGAAUCAGGCAGAGGCUCUAGAUUUGGAUAAAACUGUGAUUGAGACGGUUGUUGAAGCUGCUGUAGAUUGGAGAAUUGAUGAUAUAAAAGGUCUUCUUGGUCGCUGCAACUUCAAAGCUGAUAUGUUCGAUAGAAAGGUGGCUCUUUUGAGUGGCGGUGAGAAGGCUCGCCUUGCUUUCUGCAAGUUCAUGGUGAAACCAUCCACGCUACUCGUGUUGGACGAACCCACCAAUCACUUAGACAUACCUUCAAAAGAAAUGCUCGAGGAGGCAAUAAAUGAGUACAAAGGCACGGUCAUCGCAGUCUCACACGAUCGAUACUUCAUCAAACAAAUCGUAAAUAGAGUUAUCGAAGUCAGAGACGGUGGUUUAAAAGACUAUGCAGGAGACUACAAUUAUUACCUGGAGAAGAAUAUGGAAGCUAGAGCCAAGGAGCUUGAGAGAGAAGCAGAAUUAGAGGAAAAAGCUCCAAAAAUGAAAGCAAAAUCGAAGAUGUCAAAAGCAGAGAGAGAAGCAAGGAAGAAGCAAAAGAUGAAAGCGUUUCAAGCUUCCAAACAAAAGUCAAAAUCCAUAAAAAAUGCCAAGAGAUGGAAGUAA